AUGGGCGGCUGGGAUACCGUUGCCGAAGAGCUCCAGCGCACGGCCUCCAGCCUCGACGCCGAUGUGCGUUUCAGGUCAUUAGUACUGCAGCAACAAUGUGAGAACCUCCAGGCUAUUUGCAAAUACAUUCUCGACCUCGAGACGUCGCUCGUCGAGAAGAAAACUGCACAGCAAGCGGAGACGUUAGCAGUGGAACACUCGAUCCAGGACGCCAUCCAACGCGCACGCCAAGUUCGAGCCGAACUCGCGAUUAAGGGCGACAACAGUGACGAAAACAGCGACGGGGAGCCGGCCGAACCUUUGUAUGCCUGUGAGCGGCAGCUGCAGAGUAUUUUGGCCGUCGCAAAGGCGACUAGAACAACUCAGAAUAUCGAGACGGUAGAGCUCAAGCUGGAGUCCGAGCCAAGGGUUCGACUGGAGUAUCCACGCAAGUUAAAGGCGCUGGAGACGCAGCUGGAGGAGCUGCAAUUGAAGGAGAAAGAGGCAUCGACUCGUUUUGCCUUUUGCUGUAAGAUGAGUGAAUAUUUAUCGUUGAGUCCUCAGAGAAGACAGCUCCUACUGCAGCAGCAGCAGAAAUUUGGGUCCUCUGGCAGGAUGGACGUACCGGUUGCUCGAAUUCAGACGUCAUUUCCCAAGCAGGUAGCGAGACUUCGACAAGGAUAUCAAAGGUUGAUGGACUUUGCACUUGAAAAGAUUGAGAUGGAGUCUUCCCAGUUCCAACAGGUGGCUGAUGCAUCUACAUUUUCGUCAGUGUUUCCAAUCUAUCACCGCUUGAAGCAGGCGAAAAAAUUGCUGCGGUUGCUCAAUAGUGAGACCAGAGCAUUACUGGAGCGUUUGCCGGCUUCGCCGCCAAAACUUUCAGCUGCUACAGCAGCUCAUCGAGAUGCGAUGCUGUCAAGGAUACGCAGGAAGAAUCCUCGACCAGUCGUCGGAGUUAUCGACAAUGAAGCGCUACACGUUGCAGCUCAAAAUACCCCGUCGCCAUUGCAUGCAGACAAGGAGCUCCUAGAGAAAUUGCAGGCCGCGUGGGCUGCGCAUGCUUCAGCGUUGGCAAAAGAAACUGAAGACCAUCACUCCGUCGACGUGUACUCGACCACAGUCCGCGAGAUUGUCCUGACCGAGCUGUCGAACGUUGUGCUGUGGUCGUUCAAAGAAUAUUUCGCUGACACAGCAGAGCAGCCAGAUGCGUCACAAGUGGAAGCUGCCAUGCGUCUCGUUCGGCUAGUCGACUCGGUCGCACUCUCCCAGGGACGAACGUACCGCAGCGUCGUACUGGUUACUGGUUAA